UGGCCGGUCGCAUUUUGCCGUCACACAAACGCAUAAAACCGCGUCUUUUCAGGCUAAGAGAAGCGCCAGUGCACAGCACGCAGCCAUGCGCCACAAUUCAGAUUACGAACGAACGAGCAGCGCUGCUACAGAGACCAAAAGCUGCUGCAUCCAAUUUUGCAUGGCCCUGCGCAGGUCGAUACGAUGCGACAGACGGUGUUAGCGCUGGCCAUCUGCGGCGCUGCGACGGCGCUGCAGCCGGCGCGGCCGCAGCGGCGGCAAUCGCUCGCCGUAAGGCAGGCACCCGCGCGGCGUCCGCGAACGCGCCGCCGCCCACUUCAAAAGCUGCGCUUGCUCAAUGGCGUGAGGGUGGAGAUACGCAAACGGCCGAAGCCGCAGCUGCAACGGAGCGACACGAGAGGCCGACGCCAUCGCCGCAAAAAAAAAUCGACAUACGACGCAGGGCGGCGACGCCUACGGCGCGUCCGGCACGUCGUUCUACACGACGACCGAGAAGCAGGACUCCUACGACUCGCUCGACAAGGUGCUCGACGCCAAGUGCAAGGACGCGGGCGUGCGCAAGGUCAUCGUGGAGAUGCUCGACGCCUGUGGCGAGAUCACCGAGGCGCUGCGGUCCGCGCUGGUCACGGUGGAGGGCUCGGCGAACACGUUCGGCGACGCCCAGCUCUCCGUCGACGUCAUCGCGGACGAGAUCAUGUGGGAGGUGGCCAAGGGCAGCGAGGUCGUGGCCUACGGCGCCUCAGAAGAGGAGCCCGAGAUCGUCAAGUGCAACCCCAAGGGCGAGUACACGAUCUGCUGGGACCCGCUCGACGGGUCGUCGAUCGUCGACAACAACUGGGCCGUCGGCACGAUCAUCGGCGUGUUUGUGCGCGGCGUCCUUUUGUCAUGCGGUGCGUUGCGACGCCCUGCCGGCGCCUUGCCCCACCGCUCGCGCCCUCGACGCCAUCGACGCGACGCGUCGAGCUGGUCCCGGAAGCCACCGAGACGCCAUCGACUCGACGAAGCGGAGGUAAACUCUCGAAACCAAAAAAACGCGCGCAGGUGGGGCUCGAAGUCCGGCAAGGGCGACGACGGCCUCCUGGGCGCCACGGGCCGCGACCAGGUCACGUCCUUGGUGGCUUUGUACGGCCCGCGCACGACGGUAGCGGUAGCACUGGACGACGGCGUCUACGAGUUCUCGUACGGCUGCACGCCCGAGGGCUGCAUGCUCGAGGACGGCACCUACGAGCCCUGGAUCUGCUCGCGGGCGAAGAUCGAGGUCGCCAAGGACUGCCGCAUCUUCUCGCCGGCCAACUUGCGCGCGGCCAAAGAAGUGGCGGGCUACAAGCGCCUCGUGGAGCACUACAUGGACGACAAGUACACGCUGCGAUACUCGGGCGGCCUCGUGCCGGACAUCUACCAGCAGUUCACCAAAAAUCAAGGCGUCUUCGCGAACCCCACCUCGGACUCGUCGCCGGCCAAGCUUAGGUUGGCCUUCGAGGCCGCGCCCUUCGGCCUGCUCGUCGAGAAGGCGGGCGGCAAGACGAGUGAUGGGGUGACGGGCGGCUCGAUCCUCGACGUGGAGAUCACGGCCGUCGACCAGCGCACGGCGCUCUGCAUCGGCUCGGCGAACGAGGUCGACCGCUUCAACGAGUACCUCGAGUGCGACGACGACGGCUGCAACACGUCGAAGUAGGCGUUUUGCUUGUAAGUGGCUUUACUUAU